GAAACAGCAAAACUACCCCCAUUGCCUGCAAAUUGGAAUUCCCUCUAUAUAAUUUCAAAUUCUCAAGACUCAAACUCAUCAAAAAUUCUUUCUUUGAGUUUGUUUGUUCAUGAUUGAAGAAGAUGAAGUUUGGGAAGGAAUUUGCAGCACAGAUGGUGCAAGAAUGGCAGGAAGCUUACAUGGAUUACAGUAAACUCAAAUCGAUAUUGAAAGACAUCUUGAAAUUCAAGAAACAAAACAGGCCACCAUCGACAAUGGCAACAGCAACGAGAAAGGGUUCAUUGAAGAGAAGAGCAACGCUUUACAGGGCAUUUAGUGGACUCACAAGUCGGUAUAAGUCAGCUUCUUCAAUGAAUAACCAUGAGGACGAAGUUAUAAUAGUGAGUGCAGUUGAAGAAGGAGGGGUUGAAGGGGAUUACCAGACAAUGUUUCUUAGGUCAGGUGAAGAAGGAGGUGAGUUUGAGAUGCUUUUCUUCAGGAGACUUGAUGAUGAGUUCAAUAAGGUUGUUAAGUUUUAUAAGAAAAAGGUUGAAGAAACUAUGGUGGAAGCUGAUGAGUUGAGUAAGCAAAUGAAUGCUUUGAUUGCUCUAAGGAUUAAGGUUGAUAAUCCACUUGUGGGAGGAACUGAUAUGGUUGAUCUUGCUGAUAAUGGGUUUUCUUCAAAUUCCUCUUCCAUCAAUGGGGAAAAGCAUGGACGGACUCAUAUGGAUGCUAUCCAGGAAAUUGAGAUGAGCAGUGAUAGAAUUUCUAAAGAAGGAAUGAAGGAAGCUGCUGAUAGAGAGUUUAGACCAGCUCCAGUACAUGUUUUGGAUCAUGUAAAGAUCAAUGUCGAGCUUGAAACUCCUAUAGAAAUACUAAGAAGUGUAAUCAAAUGUUCGAAAUCGGAUUUGUCCUUCAGCAGGCAAGAACUGAGGACUGCAGAGGAGAAAAUCUCUCAAGCUUUUAUUGAAUUCUAUAGAAAGCUUAGGCUUUUGAAAAGUUACUGCUUCUUGAAUCAGUUGGCAUUUUCCAAGAUCAUGAAGAAAUAUGACAAGGUUUCAUUGCGAAAUGCAUCGAAAGCUUACAUGCAAAUGGUUGACAAAUCUUAUCUUGGUAGUUCUGAUGAGGUUACAAAGCUUUUGCAAGGGGUUGAGGAGACUUAUGUUAAACACUUUGCUAAUGGAAAUCAUAGAAAGGGACUCAAAACUCUAAGGCCACAAGCUAGGAAAGAAAGACAUAGAAUUACAUUUCUCUAUGGUUUCUUUUCUGGUUGCUCCAUUGCACUUAUAGUGGCAAUUAUCGUGAAUAUACAUGCUAGAAAUAUUCUUAAGAGUCAGGGCAGAGAUAAAUACAUGGUCAACGUAUUUCCACUUUACAGCCUGUUUGGUUACAUUGUCUUGCAUAUGCUCAUGUGUGCUGGAAACAUAUUCUUUUGGAAGCGUUAUCGAGUCAACUAUUCGUUCAUUUUCGGUUUCAAGCAAGGAACGGAGUUGGGAUAUAGAGAAGUACUUCUUCUUAGCAGUGGUCUUUCACUGCUUGCAUUAGCUGGUGUGAUCUCACAUUUGGAUAUGGAGAUGGACCCAAGAACUAAAAGCUUCAGAACUUUAACUGAACUAAUUCCCUUGUUCUUGCUCAUUGUUGUCCUUUCAAUAACAUUCUGCCCUUUUAAUAUCAUAUACCGUUCGAGUCGAUUCUUUCUUAUCAGAUGUGCAUUUCACUGUGUUUGUGCACCUCUUUACAAGGUCACUCUCCCGGACUUUUUCUUGGCAGAUCAGCUUACUAGCCAGGUUCAAGCAAUUAGAAGUUUGGAGUUCUACAUUUGCUACUAUGGUUGGGGAAACUUCAGAGUGAGAUCAAAUACCUGUGAGGAAAGGGAAGUUUAUAAAGUACUUUACAUAGUCGUUGCCAUUAUUCCGUAUUGGAUCCGUUUCGUUCAGUGUCUUAGACGUUUGUUUGAAGAAAAAGAUACCAUGCAUGGUCUCAAUGGUCUAAAAUACUUCUCAACAAUAGUUGCGGUUGGGACUCGAACAAUUUACCAACACCAGGCUGAGAAAACUACAACUUGGCUGGUCUUGGCUGCUGCAACUUCUGGCAUUGCAACAUUGGCUAGCUUAUACUGGGACAUUGUCAUAGAUUGGGGUCUUCUUAACAGGAACUCAACCAACCCUUGGCUCCGAGAUAAGCUUGUUGUACCGCACAAAGGGGUAUAUUUCGUAGCCAUGGUGUUGAACUGUGUAUUGAGACUGGCUUGGAUGCAGCAAGUGUUGGGCAUUCAAACAGUGCCGUUCCUGCAUAAGACAGCCUUGGUUGCAGCAGUGGCUGGCUUGGAGAUCAUUCGUCGAGGCAUUUGGAAUUUCUUCAGGUUGGAGAAUGAGCAUUUGAACAAUGUUGGAAAAUACAGAGCAUUCAAAUCGGUGCCCUUGCCGUUUUACUAUGAUAAAAAUGGAGAUAAGAGCAUAUAAUAGUCAAUGAUAAUUACAUAUUAGAUUACCUUUAUUUGUGUACUAUUUUUUUUUUUGUUGGAAAUGGGAUGAGGCACUAGGUCCCUUAACCAAGGUCGAAUUUUGGUGUUUGUGAAUG